AUGCUCAAGAUUUCGGUAUCUCCAGGUCAUCGUGCAUGUAGUAUUCCCGAAGGGGAGGUUGCGGCUGUCAAAAGUGCAAGGAAUCAUUUGGAUAAUUCUGGAAAGUACUUUUAUUCUGAGGAAAGUUUUCUUGAUGCUAAACAUCCGAUUCACGCCUGUGUUGCUCACCAAAUCUAUCAGAAUGCUCCAGUUUCCAGUGAAAAAGAGAGAACGAAUUCAAAAGUUGUACUAACUGGAUUACAUUUGACAUCGAUACCAAGCACAAUAAUAAAGAACCGAGACCACAUUGAAACACUGAUAAUUGAUAAUAACAUGCUGACAGAGAACUCAUUCAAUAUGCCCAAGUUCAGAAAUUUGAAAGAGUUGUCAGUACGUAAUAAUAAGAUUCGCAAUAUUGGAGUAUUUAUAGCCAACAUGCAGAAAAAUUGCCCAAAUUUGGAAGUUUUGCGGGUCAGAAACAAUCCGGGUUGGCCAGAAAAACUGAAGGAGCAAGAAAAAGUUGUUGUUUCAAAGUGUCUGAGGAAACUGCGAAUUCUCGAUGGUUCUGACACACCCCGUCAAAAACGAUGCUCUGGGUCUUCGUCUAGUUCCGCCAACUCCUCGGAAUCGGAAUAA